ACGAAAAUGGAUGGAUUUAACAGUUCAAAAGGCAAUAGAAUGGACAAAGGGUUCCGUGUAGCAGUUUCUCUACUUGAAAACCAGUUAAAAGAACUUCGAAGGAGAAAACAAGAGUCUUUAGAUGACCAAUCAAGGCUUUAUCAUAAACAGAGAUAUGAAGUCCAGGCUCUUCAGGAGAUUUUAGAUGAACGGGUCUCUACAAUUUACAGACUCCAGGAGGAAUAUCGGAUUCAACAGAACAAGUAUACAUUAGAGCAUAAUGGCCGUAUUAAGAGAAUCAAGGCUGAAGCUGAGUCCAAGCUUGAUGUAAUCUAUGAGAAUCAUGAAGAGGGCAAGUUAGGCAUGAUCCACCUAGUGAAUGAAACAGAGAAUGCUUUGAAAGAGCGUCUUGAAAUAAUUGAAAAGACUAAAUCUAAGUACUCACAAGAGUUGAAAUCUCGAAAAUAAAUUAGUAAACAAACUUAAAUGUGAACUGGAAACAUUGAACUACCAAAACGAAAAACUGAAGCAAAAUCUCGUCAAGAUUUCAGAGAAUAGUGAAUAUCUGGAGUCUAAAUUCUUCGCUCUGAGAGAGGAGUAUAACUUCAAGAAACGAGACAACGGUAAAAUUGAGAGAACGCAUGAGAAAUUGACUGAAAGGCAUGACAGCCUACAUUCUAUUGCAUAUGGGAAGGGUAAUUUUGGGUCCAAGAGCACAAAGCUACGAGAAAAGUCUCUUAAUCGUCAGAAGUUGUCCAGGAAUAGGUCCACAGCAAUGAUGGGGACCACCAGGACCAAAUCAGCACGAAGUUUUAUAAAUAUCUGUAAUAAGGAGAAUAUUGGGGCCCAAAGUAUGGCAGAGCUUUUAUAAACAUCUUUGAUAAUCAUUUCA